AUGUUCCGUUUAGAUGAUCCUAAAAUAAAUAAAUUUCGUGACUCACAAACUGAUCAAAGGGAACCCCUAGAUGAAGGAUUAAAAAAUGAGAUACAAGAAAAACUGUUAAAUUUCCCCACAUCCCUCAAUGCAAAAUUUGCGCUGUCAUCUCUCGAUUUCCAAAAAAUACAGCCUUCCCACUUUUUAACCAACAAUCUGAACAAGCGCCCUAUUGAUGACAAAUGUGAAGAUAUCGCAUUCGAAAAGGAAAUAGACGAAGAAAGAGAAGAAAAGGAAAAAAUCACUUUAUUUGAUUUGUCAGAAGAACAAAAAACACAAGUUAAAAAUUUUAAAAUAAAUAAAGUUAUACAAAAUGAAAUUUAUUUAAAAAAGAACAAAAUUCUGAAAUAUCUUAUUCAAAUAUUUUUAUGCGAUUUGUUAAAAGAGAAGCCAGAUGAUGUUUAUGAAUAUGCCGCUUACUAUUUUACCCACCCAGAACUAAAGCAAAACAUUGCGAGCAAGUUGAGAACCAUAUUGAACAAGUCCUGA